AUCAUUUCUCGCUAUUGAAGAAUAUCAAAGAUUCAAAAGAGCCAUCCCUUUACACAUCAUAUGCCAUAUUAAUGAAAGCAUCAAGCCUCAAAACCCAGAGUUUGUGAUCUCGUUGAAUGGCUAGUGGGUGGAGUUGGGAGAGAGCUUUUGUGGGUCUUGUGUUGUUGUUAUGUGAUGUGUGUGGAGCUGUGAAUAAUGGGUGGCCGGAGGAAGACCUUGUGGUGAGAUUGCCAGGGCAGCCAAAGGUUGGUUUCAGGCAGUUUGGUGGGUACGUCGAUGUGGAUGAAAAGGCUGAGAGGAGUCUGUUUUACUACUUUGUUGAAGCUGAAGAGGAUCCUCAGAACAAGCCCCUCACUCUCUGGUUGAAUGGAGGCCCUGGUUGUUCCUCAGUUGGAGGUGGUGCAUUCACAGCACUAGGACCUUUCUUCCCUAAAGGACAUGGCCGAGGGGUCCGAAGAAAUUCAAAAUCAUGGAACAAAGUAUCAAAUCUCCUCUUUGUUGAGUCUCCUGCUGGAGUUGGGUGGUCAUACUCAAACACAAGUGCUGAUUACAAUUGCGGGGAUGCUUCCACUGCAAGUGACAUGCUCACUUUCAUGUUGAAAUGGUUCAAGAAAUUUCCAGGUUACAAGUUAAGACCUUUGUUUCUCACUGGUGAAAGCUAUGCAGGGCAUUACAUACCACAGUUGGCUAAUGUUCUACUUGACUAUAAUAACAAGUCCAAGGAUUUCAAGUUCAACAUCAAAGGAGUAGCAAUUGGGAAUCCACUCCUCCAACUUGAUAGAGAUGUUCCUGCGGUGUAUGAGUUCUUCUGGUCACACGGGAUGAUUUCUGAUGAAGUUGGCCUUGCCAUCAUGAAUGACUGUAAUUUUGAGGAUUACACCUUCUCAGGUACACACAAUGUUUCCACCGAAUGCAAUACAGCGCUGAACGAUGCCUACAGUAUUGUGGGCAGCUAUAUAAACCCUUAUGAUGUUAUCCUGGAUGUUUGUUAUCCCUCUAUAGUUCAGCAAGAGCUGCGGUUGCGCAAAGUGGUUACCAAAAUUAGUAUUGGAGUUGAUGUGUGCAUGACUGCAGAGAGAACCUUCUACUUUAACCUUCCAGAGGUUCAGAAAGCCCUCCAUGCAAAUCGGACUAACUUACCGUAUCGUUGGACAACGUGCAGCAAUAUACUGUUUUACAACGAGGGAGAUAGUAAUCUUGACAUGCUUCCAUUGCUUAAGAGGAUACUCCAAGAUAAGAUACCCGUCUGGAUUUUCAGUGGAGAUCAAGAUUCUGUUGUGCCACUGAUGGGCUCUCGGACACUCGUUCGUGAGCUAGCUAAAGAUUUGAACUUCCAGCACACAGUCCCAUAUGGAGCUUGGUUUCACAAGGGACAGGUAGGAGGGUGGCAUACCGAAUAUGGAAAUCUAUUAACAUUUGCAACUGUGAGAGGAGCUGCUCAUAUGGUACCAUAUUCACAGCCUUCGAGAGCUUUGCACCUCUUCGCUACAUUUAUUCAAGGCAGGCGAUUACCCAAUAAUACUCGUCCUUCCAUUGAUUGAAAAGUUAGCUGCAAUCGAUCUCCCCUAUCGACAUUGGCUGUAGUUAGCCUAGUUUUGAAAAUCUUGUUUACCCAAUUUUGUUUGCCAAUGAACUUUUAUAUUCAAUCUUCUAGUUAUAAUGGCGGAAAUAAGAUGGA